AUGAGGCUAACCUUUGAGGUGGUGUUUGGGGGCGGGGGUCGUAGGCAGGAGGCCGAGGCCCUGACGGAAGGGCUAACCUCUGAGGGGAUCUUCCGGGGGACGGCAGAGGCCUGGGCUGGGGCGAUGAGGCGAACCUCUGACGUGACGUUCCCCUGGGGGCCAGAAGCUAGGCGCCGGGCGAUGGUGCGUUGGCGCUCACACGGGGCAGGAGAGCUGUGACUAUCGCAAGACGCCGGGAUGGCACCAUCUGAGAGGAGCAGCCUGAGGAGAGAGCUGAAGGCCCUGCUGGAGGAUCAGGCUAGGGUGGCCUAUGACUCUGGGAGACUCGGAAGAGGAGAGUCGAAGGAGGUUCCCAAAGAAGACGGUGAAGUAAUUGACAUCUGUGGAGAAGGCGGUCCUGAUCUAGGAUUCUCUGAGAGAGAAAUGGGGACUGGAUUACGGAAUAUGCUGGAAAGAUUUAAAGGAGACAUGAGAAAGGUUCUUCGUACAAAGAGAAAAAGAUUCGUAACAGAAACCAAUGCUGCCCUCAAAGUCAUUAACGAGAAAAUUGGGAAUGCCGCAAAGAAACGACAAGAGCAAAGGCGGAAGUUCUAUCGCGAAUAUUGCCAGCAGUUUCUGACUUUGUUUUGGGAGUGGAAUAGAGAUGUGCAGAAAACCAAGCAAGAAGAAGAAAAACUGAUUAUUUUGUUCCACAAGCAACGAAGGCUUUUUCAACAAGCUAGAACUGCUCAGAGCCAGAGACUGAAAAAAAUUAAAAAUGUAUAUGACCAGUUCUUAAAGGAUGUGGAGUACUUAGAGAAGAAUGAGAAACAUCUUGUUACCAAUGAGGCAAAAGAAUUUAAACAAGAAAUGGCCAAAUUGCAGAGCAAAAUCGUGGUGGAUGUUCAACAGCAAGAACUGGCAAACAUUCGAAAGUCUCUUCAAUGCCUGCUAUUAUGA